UGGGGUCCGGUGUCCGGUGUCCGCUGAGGGGCUGGGAUUCAGGGCUCGGAUCUCUUGCUUGUGAUCCAGGGAUCUGCCACUCAGAGGCCGGGAUCUCAGAGACUGAGGUCCAGAGCCUGUAAUCUAAAGAUCUGGGAUCCAGAGUGUGUGGAGACCAGAGGCAGCGACAGGAUUUUUCGAGCGGGCGGUUAUCAUGUUCGGUGACAUGGAUUUUGAAAUCGAAGAAGAUAAGUUGGGAAUUCCGACCGUGCCUGGGACUGUGACGCUCAAAAAGGAUUCUCAGAACCUAAUUGGGAUCAGCAUCGGAGGAGGUGCCCAAUACUGUCCCUGUUUGUACAUUGUGCAGGUUUUCGAUAACACUCCAGCUGCCCUGGAUGGGACGUUGGCUGCAGGCGACGAGAUCAUCGGCGUGACCGGGAAGUCCGUCAAAGGGAAGACGAAGGUGGAGGUGGCCAAGAUGAUCCAGGCUGUGAAGGGAGAAGUUACAAUUCAUUACAACAAACUCCAGGCUGAUCCUAAGCAAGGCAAAACCUUAGACAUCGUUCUGAAGAAGGUCAAGCACCGGUUGGUGGAGAACAUGAGCUCUGGCACGGCCGAUGCUCUGGGCCUGAGCCGGGCCAUCCUGUGCAACGACGGACUUGUGAAGAAACUGGAGGAACUGGAGAGAACGGCGGAGCUGUACAAAGGACUGAUGGAACACACAAAGAGGCUGCUGAGAGCAUUUUUCGAGCUGUCACAGACGCACCGAGCGUUCGGCGACGUGUUUUCCAUCAUCGGGGUGAGGGAACCGCAGCCCGCUGCUAGCGAGGCCUUUGUCAAAUUUGCAGAGGCUCACCGGAGCAUCGAGAAGUUUGGCAUCCGACUCCUGAAGACAGUGAAGCCGAUGCUCAGCGACCUGAAUACGUACCUGAACAAGGCCAUUCCUGACACUAAACUCACCAUCAAAAAAUACCUCGAUGUCAAGUUUGAAUAUUUGUCCUACUGUCUGAAGGUGAAGGAGAUGGACGAUGAGGAGUACAGCUGCAUUGCCCUCCAGGAGCCCCUGUACCGGGUCGGCACUGGGAACUACGAAUAUCGCCUGAUUCUCCGCUGCCGGCAGGAGGCCAGAGCGCGAUUCGCCAAGAUGAGGAAGGACGUCCUGGAGAAGAUCGAACUUCUGGACCAAAAACAUGUUCAGGACAUCGUGUUCCAGCUCCAGCGCUUCGUCUCCGCCAUGUCCAAGUACUACGACGAGUGUUACGCCGUCUUAAAGGACGCGGACGUGUUCCCAAUCGAGGUGGACCUGAGCAAAACCAUGCUGAACUACAGCCCGAAGGACCUUUAUACCGAUGCAGAAGAGGAGGAGGAAAACGGAGAGAAACUCUUUGACGAUGAAUAGAAUUCUUCUGGAAACCCUUAUUGUUAAAUAAGACCAAAGUAGGUUGUCUAUAAUUGGAUUGAUGCUCGUAUUUAUGUCUCCUGUGAUGAGACUGUUGUCCUGUCACAGGGAAUCCCUGUUGUACAGACAUUGGUUGUGUUCUUGGAUUCUGUUCUUGCCUCCUCUGUCACAGUUUCCAGAGGUGGCGUGUGUGGAACUCUGAUCUGUUGCAGGUCCACAUCCCUGCUCUCCGCUGCGAGCCGGGCACUGCGCCCUCGCUCGGGCGGCCCACAGCGUCUGCAGCUCGCCCAGUGGAACAUCCAGUGAAAUCCACCUACCGGGAAACGGCCAGUGCUCGGAUCGUUGACUCUCCUCCGCGGUCUGCCCUCUCGCUCUGUGUUUGGGGGACGUGGCGGUUUAGCGCCUGUGGAAGUACUCCCUGUUCAGGCCCGUAUGCCGAUGGUACGGCGUUUUCCCCAUUUAAUUCCGUGUUCUAGACCGUGUGACAAUCACUGAACGCUGCAUUGUGUGGGUAUGGGGGAGUGUUACUGAUGGGCGGUCUCUGUUGACAGGUUUCCACAUCAAUCUUGGUACUCUGGGUCUGAGAGAUCCCCCGGAUCUCUGUUCUUUGGGCCUGAGAGAUCCCCCUGACCUCUGCACUCUGUGUGUGGGAGGUCCCCCGAUCUCUGUACGUGGGGUCUGCGAUUUCUCCCUGAUCUCUGUUCUCUGUGUGUGGGAGUUCCCCCAGGUCUCUUCUUUGGGCCUGAGAGAUCCCCCUAACCUCUGUACUCUAUGUGUGGGAGUUGGCCCCCGAUCUCUGUACGUUGGGUCUGAGAUUUCUCCCUGAUCUCUGUUCCUCGGGUCUGAGAUUUCUCCCUGAUCUUUGUAUUCUGGGUCUGAGAUUUCCGCUUGACCUUGAGCCAAAUGGUAAACUGUCACUCUGCACAUUUUGGAGAGCAUAGGCGCAGGUUGAAAUGAACAGACAAUGUCAAUCCACCCACAAGUGAUGGAAAUGAAUGUGAAUGAACGAGUGUGAGCUCACCUCAGCCCCGGAAUAUCAAGCGCUCUAUGGAACAGGGUCGUGUGUCCAGGACGUAAGAGAUCAGUGCAGAUCCCGUAUCUCCCCGCACAGGGUAGAAGCAGAGGAAGGACUCGGUAUCUGCUGCACAGCGUGCAGUGGAUUGAGAACCUGUCAAAUCCCCUGGCUGUACUUUGUGUGGGGCAUCCCUUUACCUCGGGCAAAUGGUGACACUCAUCAUCGCAGAAGCCAUACAGCAGGUUAUGAAAAUCCCAAGUAAACACUGGCACAUCCUGGGAGUAGAAAUUAGUGUUCCUCGUAGGCUGGUGUGACACCUACUGUACUCAUGGACUGUGUGAACAUCUCCUACUGAUUACAAUGCUCUGAUUUUAUGGGAAAUCUCCCCGAUGAUUCAUAGAGUCACUCCGCACAGAAAAGGCCCUUCAGCCCACUGAGUUCAUGCUGACCAACCUUUACACUAAUCACAUUUUUUAUUCUCCCCACGUUCUUAUAUCUACCCCAGAUUUUACCCCUCAAUUACACCAGGGCCAAUUUACAGCAAUCAAUUAACCCACCAACCCGUUUGGCAUAGGGAUGUGGAAGGAAACUCAGACAGUCACAGAGAGAACCUGCAAAUUCCACACAGACAGCACCUGAGGUCACGGUUAUACCCGGGUCUCUAACGCUCUGAGGAUCUGGGACCAUUCUCCACUGCUGUAUUCCAGGGAUGUGGGCCGCUCUCUGUUAAUCACCAUAUUCUGGGGUUGUGGGACAUUUCGGUCUUAUACUCUAGACAUGUCCACGUUUCCCGAUGACUUUUAGAUGCUCCAUUUUAAACAUAUUCUGUUGCUGCUUCCACAACUGAGGGAAUGGUGAAUGUUUUCCACCAGUCUGGUGAAAUCUCUCACAUCUUUUUGCCAAUAAAGUCACUCAUUGUCUCAUGGUUGCAGACUUCCAUCUGUGGGACUGAGACAGAGACGGUGUGCGUAGUCUGUGAGUUUCUGGCUCGGUGUUUGCUUUACCGAGUAACUUAGCAAAGGGAAAAUCAUACGGAAAGUAACUUUUGUCACAGGAGUUGGUGUCGGAACCUGGUUUUUAUUGACCUGGUUUUCCAUAUCAGUCCCACAGCGGUACACUCCUAACUGCUAGUGUCAGAGACACGAGGGAUCCUGAAGGUGCUGGAACUCUUGACCAACACACACAAAAUGCUGCUGGAACUCAGAAGGUCAGGCAGCAUCUAUGGAGGGAAAUAAAGAGUUGACAUCUCGGGCUAAGACACUUCGUCAGGAUCGGGGAAGAAACAUGUAGUGUACCAUCGAGUGUGCAGAUGACCAUAAGACCAUAUGAUAUAGGGACAGAAUUUAGGCCAUUUGGCCCAUCGAGUCUGCUCCACCAGUUCAUCACGGCUGAUCCAAUUUUCCUCUCAGCUCCAAUCUCCUUCCUUCUCCCCGUAUCCCUUCAUUUUCUGACCAAUCAAGAAUCUGUCAACCUUAAAUAUACAUAAAAACUUGGCCUCCACUGUGGCAAAGAAUUCUACAGAUCCACCACUCUCUGGCUAAAGAAAUUC